CUCUCCACCGGUCUGGCCCGGUCCUCACACAGGUUUCUGUCAGCGGCUCCCGGGAGCGGCCCCGGCUGCCGGAUGCUUCCGGCCCGGCUGCGGCGGGCCGGGCUGGACGCUUAGUGCCCGGCUCGAGCCCUGCGUGAGGCGCCCGCGGGGGAGGCGGCGGCCUCCGCCCCGUGGAGACCGAGCGGCUGGAGGACAAGGCGGCGGCCGCGGAGAAGAGGAUGGGGGCUAACCAGUUAGUGGUGCUCAACGUGUACGACAUGUACUGGAUGAAUGAAUACACCUCAUCUAUUGGAAUUGGAGUUUUUCAUUCUGGAAUUGAAGUAUAUGGCAGAGAAUUUGCUUAUGGAGGCCAUCCUUACCCUUUUUCUGGAAUAUUUGAAAUUUCCCCAGGAAAUGCUUCUGAACUAGGAGAAACAUUUAAAUUUAAAGAAGCUGUUGUUUUAGGAAGUACAGACUUUCUAGAAGAUGAUAUAGAAAAAAUUGUAGAAGAACUGGGGAAAGAAUAUAAAGGCAAUGCCUACCAUUUGAUGCACAAAAACUGCAAUCACUUUUCUUCAGCUUUAUCAGAGAUUCUUUGUGGGAAAGAGAUUCCUCGCUGGAUCAACCGACUGGCCUACUUCAGCUCCUGUAUACCCUUUCUACAGAGUUGCCUCCCAAAGGAGUGGCUCACUCCUGCUGCACUGCAGUCUAGUGUCAGCCAAGAGCUCCAGGAUGAACUGGAAGAAGCAGAGGAUGCAGCUGCGUCCGCUGCCAUGGCAAGUGCUGCAACUGGUGCCAGAACUGGGCGUCACACUAAACUAUAAGAUCUCCAAAGUCACGCCUUCAGAACUGUCUCUGGCAGUUGAGUACUAGAGAAAAAGAAAAUAGAGUAAAUGUCCUUUGGAUAUUUUGUAUGCAAAUAUGGCUCUCCCCCAAAUCCCAGUUUUUCAGCUCAGGAUUAUAUUUGUAAUCAAAAAACAAAAACAAAAAAGAAGAAGAAAAAAAUCACUUGGCGCAGGAGGGAGAACUUUGUAUGAAGCUGCCCUCUUUUCUUUUCUUUUUUAAUCCACUUGUAAAUUUGGAUUCACUUCCUCUGUUUUAUAACUUCUCUGUUAAAUUACGUUUACAGUAUUUUGUAUCACUGUUUACAAAUCUUGCAUGGACUUCUGCCACCAUGAAAGAAGAAACCUUCAUCUUCAGAACCUAGGCAGUUCAUCUUUGUACGUCCUGGCAGUUGCCAGAACCACAGCAGAAAUAGGCACAGGAAAAGGCUUACCCGGCUACAGUUCCCACCACCUGCUUAAGAGCUGUCAGAUUUGUAUUUGUUUUGUUACCAUUGUUGGCACCCAGAUACAGGGAUCCAAACUGGCCUGACAUGAAGGAGCACACACACAGCCAGAGGGCUUGGGCCCUGGGUCAGUUCCUUUCCACAUCCUUCCUGUUCUAAGUAGCACAUUUCCCAAGGUGCCCAUGGAACAGCUGGUUUUAUCCAAAUAUGCCCACCUCAGCAGGGUGGUAUUUUUGUAUCUGCCUGGCUUGAUGCCUCUGGUUCUAUAAUGAAGAUGUUUUCAUGGAAGAUACUGUUGUAACUGACAAGUGUUUUUGCACAUGUGUUGGGAAAGGAGCUUUGUUUUUGUUUUUAUUUUAAUUCAUUCAACUCCUCCCUGCACAGGAUGUUUUUGGUGGGAUGAGAGUAUCCUAACCUAGCUUCCUGAGCAGCAGUACAAACUGACAUUAAAUGGUUUUUUAACUCGUCAGGCUACCUUUUAUACUAGACGUUGAAAACUAGAGUCUAAAACAUCCCCCAAAGGUAACUCUUUAAUAUUUAAUACUUUGUGUACACCAUAUCAGAAAUGGCUUGUUGGAGUUUCUUAGUUCAUGAUGGGAGUAGUUUUGCCUCAUAAUAGAAAUUCUAUUUUCAUUGAUCUCUCAUUGAAAAGUCAUAUUUUUGUGUGUCUUAAAUCCAUCUUUUUAUGUUCUCUCAAACGUAUAUCUCUUCCAUAACAAUACUGUUAGGAAUAAAGUUGUGCUACAGAUAGUGUUCUUCAGUAAGGAAGCUAUCUGCUAGUGUCCACCCCUAGUUGACCCUUGGAUGUAAGAUCCAAUCAUUACAUGUCACAAUCAAUGUUCUGCCUUAAGAGUGAGUGUCCUAUGGAAAGUAAUGGAUGCAGCAUAGAAACAUCCAAGGUACUGACUGCAGCUUUAGAUACUUUGUUAGUGUGAAAGUCGCAUCUCUAUGCGAGGAUACAUGUCUUUGAGUAAAUUACAUCUUUAACUUUUCCAUGAGCUGAUUUUGAUUGAUACUCUUAACUUAAGCACACCCUCUUUAUGGGGGAAAUUAAACCUUGGGUUAUAAACACUGGCCUGAGGAAAAUGAAGCCACUUUGUGCUUUUUGACUGUUCUGUUUCCAGAGAGGAAAGCCACUGCAAGUCACUCUGCUCUGUGAGGGGCAGGGCGUUUGUUUCAGGAACCAUGCAGCAAGACAGAAUAUGCUUUAUGAAGAGUUGACUUGGUUCGGGUCUGAAACUGAGAUUUAGGACAAAAUAAUGCUCUCUAAGAGGCUGUUCACUAAGGAAGAGCCCUAGCCCUCAAGCCAAGGUUAGUAGGAAAUGCUUGGUGCAGUUGACUUGGGGUUUUGGUUGUUUUGUUUUGGUUUUUUGUUGUGGUGUUGUUGUGUUUUUUGUUUGUUUGUUUGUUUGUUUUAAGUUAAUAAUGUGGGUUGUGGUGUUUUCUAAUCCGUUGAGACACAGAAGUUUUGAAUCUGCUGUUGGCUCAAGAAAAUGACCCCUCAAGUUAGACGUUGCUGGGUAAAUAGCCAGGAACAGCUUCUUUGUGCUCACCCGCAUUUCAGCAGCUCAGCACACAAGGGACAUGCAUAUCUACAGACAUCUGUCUGUAGCAUUUGACAUCUGAAGUGUGUAAAGUCUUCUAGGAAGUAAACAGCGCCCGUGCGGUUACCUAGAGUCAGCAGGCCAAAUUCUGGACACAAGAUUUCUUGCAAUCUAGUGUGCCUGAGGUUGAGAGAAAGAAAAUCUCAUUUAGUGAGGAUCUUCUCAACAAUGCAAAUUAAAAAUGGGCUUAAUAAGCUUUGCUUUUCUUGUCCUUGGAAGAAAGUAAUCUUGUUCUCAACCUAACUCUGAGAAAAACCCCAAGUCAAAACUCUGGUCAGAUAAUGCUUUUGUUGUUGUAACCAAGUGAAACCGUUUCUUCUGGUAGGUAAGUUGAAUAAUACUAUCAGUGAAAGAUCAGACAGCUGGUUUCUAGUACUUGUUUUAAAUAUGCUUGGGCUUUUGAAAAUCCUCACUGGGGCAUCGGCUUUAGAAGUGUGACUUGUGGGGCUGUAGAAGGUGGUGAUUGUCCUAGAGAGCCUCCAGGCCUGAACUCCAGCCAACUAUUGCUCUGACUCACAGCAAUAGCAUACUACCCAUCACCAGCAUCUACAGAGCAGGGAAUUGCAGGGUUAUUCCAUUGAUAGCCUUGUGUGUGUAUGGAGAUUAGGCACCACGGACAGCUGCAGGGCUCUGUUUCCAUGGCUUCUUCACCAUAAGACGGGUAGAAACAUGUUCACUGUGUCAGGGCUUUAACCCAGGAAUUGUUUUAUGCUCCAUUAUAUAUCUCCUAUAGCUUUAGUGUAUGCUAAGUUUAGUUUUCUUCAGCAGUUGGCCAUCCUGCCAUUACAUGCCAUUCUUGCUCAAUUGUUAGACUUUCAUUGUUUGUGCAAUCUAUAUACACACAUUUCCACUGUCAACAAGUGGGACAGCUGUCAACAAAUCUUCAUGGACUUGAAGAGAAUUUCUUGUGAAGUUGAAUGCAAGUGUACUGUCAUUCACAGUGUUUAUAAAACACCAGGAACCUUCACUUUUGCUACCUUGAUAUAGCAUUGGGUUAUCAUGUAACAACAUUGAAAUACAUCAAUUUAUUAAAAACUACUUUUAUAAGAAA